AUGUCUCUCCAGGCUUCGUUUCAUAGGAUAGGAACCCCGCGCACGCGCUUAUGUUGCCCGUUGGUUUCCCUAGAAACGCGAGCUCAGGAGAAGAGGCGUCAGCAUCACCAGUCGUUACUUCGUGCUGCGGUCCACAGCCCGACCAGAAGCCAUCACCGGUGCGGCGUCCAGAACCUCCAGCCCUCCCCGUCCGUGGCGGCGUCGACUCACCAGAGGCCGUCGCGUUCCGGGCCCGUCACCCUCAGCAUGACAGGAAGUGGCCUCAGCAGGUCGUCCCCGGCUAGCAAGUCGUCUUCAGAACUCAAGAAUGUUCGCCAAGGAGGCCCGAAAGCGCCGCAGGUGACAGCGGAGCGCGGAAUGGCUCUGUUACAGAACUUACAGAAAAGGGGAAACGGCCGCGUCGAACCAGGCUUUUCCAGGUCUUUGGAAAACCUCGGUCUCCGGCCCAGCAGGAUCCCGGUACGCAGGAGCAGCGUCCUCCACCCCCAGAGCCUUCUGCGUAUCCCAAAGGAACGAGAGUCCCCCCUCCUCCGAGUGUGGAAAUACAGCGCGGACCCCAUCGUAAAGCAGCGCGAGCUCGCAGAUUUGGCCGCGGUUGCCUCCAGCCUGACAGUGCGCUCCGUGCCGAUGCUCAGGUCCAAGGCUGAAGAGGCGCUGUUUAUCUGUGAGCCGACCAAAGAGAUUAACGACCAGAGUUUCGCGUUGGUCUCGCCAGAAGCCGCUCGGCUCUCUCCGUAUCAGAGUGUCCUCUCCGUCUGCUCCGAGGCUGAGUGAAGGCUGGGCCCGGACGCCCCCCCCCCCCCGGCCUCCAGAUGGUGCUAAUUUACUACAGGUUU